UAAUUGCAGAUGCAGUGACGCCAUCACGCAGACGGCUGCUGGAGACAGGAAGGAAGGAGAGGGAGGUGCCGUAGUAGCUGCUGCUGUGUCUGUGCCUGUGUGUAAACAGGAAGGGUCCGUGUGUUGCCCGGGGGACCGGACUGUGCCAUGGGUGGUGUUUUGGGCCUCUGCUCUGUCGCCAGCUGGAUUCCAUGUCUGUGCAGUAGUGCCACGUGUAUUUUAUGUCGUUGCUGUCCAAGUUCCGGUAAUUCCACGGUGACUCGUAUAAUCUAUGCAUUCCUCAUGCUGCUGGGGACAGUGCUGUCCUGCAUAUUGCUGUCCCCGGGAAUAUCCGAUCAGUUGGAGAAAAUUCCGGGGUUCUGUGAAAGAGAACAUGUGACAUCAGUGAUUCCUCAUCUAAAUGGCUACGUUGACUGUAAUGUGCUGGUUGGAUACAAAGCAGUCUAUCGAGUCGGCUUUGCCAUGACCAUGUUUUUCUUGGUCUUCUCCUUGAUUAUGAUAGGUGUCAAGACGAGCAGAGACCCCCGGGCUGCUGUGCACAAUGGAUUCUGGUUCUUCAAAGUAUUGGCUAUUGUUGGCAUAAUGGUGGGAGCUUUCUACAUUCCAGAAGGACCUUUUACCAGAGUCUGGUUCUGGGUUGGAACAUUAGGAGCCUUUUCUUUCAUCGUCAUCCAGUUAGUGCUGCUCAUUGACUUUGCUCAUUCCUGGAAUGAGUCAUGGGUGGAACGCAUGGAGGAAGGAAACUCUAAAUGUUGGUAUGCAGCAUUGCUGUCUGCUACCGGCCUGCUGUACAUUGUGUCAGUAAUUGCCAUUGUCCUUUUCUACGUAUUCUAUACCAUCCCUAGUGGUUGCAUAGAGAACAAAUUCUUCAUCAGCUUCAACAUGAUCCUCUGUUUCAUCGUAUCUAUCAUCUCUAUUCUCCCUAAAGUGCAGGAACAUCAGCCACGGUCUGGACUGCUUCAGUCUUCUGUGAUUACACUAUAUACAGUAUACCUAACAUGGUCCGCUAUGUCCAAUGAGCCUGGUACUACUUGUAGGCCAAACUUAAUGAGCUUCUUGAACAAAAUAACAUCUCCAGUAAUCGGCUCUAUAAAUGAAACAAUGACUACUACGAUCACUCCUGAGCCGGUCAAGUCCCUGCAGUGGUGGGAUGCUCAGAACAUCAUUGGUCUCAUCGUAUUUGUACUGUGCCUCCUGUACUCUUGUAUUCGUAACUCCACUAACAGCCAGGUGAACAAGCUGACUUUGUCUGGACAUGACACUGUCAUGCUGGAUGACACCACAGGGAGCAGCACAGAUGUCAAUGAGGAAGAGGUGCGGCGCGUGGUGGACAAUGAGAGAGAUGGGGUUCAGUACAGCUAUUCUUUCUUCCACUUCAUGCUUUGCCUUGCUUCUCUCUAUGUAAUGAUGACCAUCACCAACUGGUACAGCCCGGAUGCGGACUUGAAGACCAUAACAAGCAAGUGGCCAGCUGUCUGGGUGAAGAUCAGCUCUAGUUGGGUGUGUCUGCUUCUCUAUACCUGGACACUGGUCGCUCCAAUCUUCCUCACCAAUAGAGACUUCAGUUAGAGGUCCUCUUCCUUUUAUGGUGAAAUAACUCAUUCCAAAGUCUGCUUUGAUAAUUCCAUGAAAAAAAAAGCCAUUUUCUUUUACUACUGUCAGAAUAUUAUUUUAAAUGUGUCAGUUUAUCUGCUUCUGUUAAGCUGAAUUAUUGUAUCUACAAAGCAAUUUAACUUUCAUUCAGUGAUAUAUAAUAUAUAUAUUAAAUUUUUGAAGUUGUACUUUUAUCCCAUAUUUGUUUAGGAUAAAAAGUUCUGAUAUGUUUGCUAUGAAUCGUGUUGUGCAUUGCUGUCCCUUUGGUCCCUGACUAAGGCCUGUGGGAACACUGUAAUUCUAAUGAAGAUGCUGUUGGUGUAAGAUUGAUUUAAUUGGUAAAUAAUGAUUUACACACUCUACACCGGUUCCCUAUCCCAAUAAUCUAGGGCGCCUAUGUAAUAGCCUGCGAGCUGCAGGCUGUGUGGGAAUGACAGCGCGUCUGCUUAUAUUUUUAAAGCACCAAUCGUUUAAAAGGCUUUUAAAUACACAGGCAGUCUUGUCGGAAUUCCCGGGCGGGCUACUCCAUAAGCCCCUGGGUGUGUGAAAUCCCUGCUAUUAGGUGUAGUUUCCUUCUCCCGUUACUGUGGUAUUAUACAGUAAAUAAGUGUUGGGGGAAGACACAUUGAAACAUCCUGGCUAUUUAUUUCAUCACGAUUAUCGUCAUUAAGCACUUGCGUAUGAUUGAAUGUUAAUGCUGCUUGAUUUCAUAUAUGGGGUGGGAGCAGUGACUUUCCAUAACCCCACAACAGCCCAGGUAUUAACUAUGUUCAUGCUUGAGCAAAGGUGGGUUAAUUAAACUGUCUGAGGCACAAUCUCCCCUCUGGUCAUGCAUGGAUAGCCUUUACACAGGGAUGGGGAACCUUCGGCCCUCCAGCUGUUGUUGAACUACACAUAGCAGCAUGCCUUGUUAGUUUUGCUAUUUGGCGAUGCUGAAACUGUUGCAGGGCAUGCUGGGAUGUGUAGUUAAACAACAGCUAGAGGGCCGAAGGUUCCCCAUCCCUGCCUUAACACAUGGGACUUGAGAAACGUUUUAAAAAAAGAGUGCUGGUCACCUCCACGCAGACGGCAACCAUUUUGUGGCUAAACCAAAAUAACAUUGCUGCCUAUCAGUUGGAACUAAUGACCUCACUGAGUAUUAAGUCGGUCACUGAUUUGUUGCCUCCGGUGUACACAGGCUGACGUGCACUAGUCGUUUGAGUCUAACUUCAGCACUUACAUUUUCUGCACUGUAAUAUAAACACUGUUUAAUAUAUAAAAUAAGCCUUUAAUUAAAA